AGGGUUUUUAUAGAGUACCAAGGGUUUUUUCUAUUUCUUUGUUGCUCCUCAUAUCUUCCACUUCGAAGAAGAAAACACUGUACAAAGCCUUUUCUUCUUCCAAAUUUUGACCAGCUAAAUCUAUCUUUGGUAAAAAUGGCGACUCUUGUUCCCCCUCCACCAGCGGCGGCGGCGGAAACUAUCAAACCGGAGAAAGUCGAUUACAUGGACCUACCAUGCCCUAUUCCUUACGAAGAAAUCCACCGGGAAGCCCUCAUGUCCUUAAAGGCUGAUUAUUUUGAGGGGAUGCGAGUUGAUUUUACUAAGGGACUCAAUCAGAGGUUCUCACUAAGUCACAGUAUUGCCAUGGGACCCACGGAGCUCCCUUCUCAAUCUGCUGAAGUAAUUAAAAUUCCAACUGCAAACUAUGAGUUUGGUGCAAACUUCAUAGAUCCAAAGUUAAUGCUUAUUGGAAGAGUCUUGACUGAUGGGCGUGUUAACGCCAGAGUGAAAUGUGACUUGUCUGAGAAUCUUACCAUGAAGGCCAAUGCUCAGCUUACAAGCGAGCCACACAUGUCUCAUGGAAUGUUCAAUUUUGACUACAAGGGUAGCGACUAUCGGAGUCAAUUCCAACUUGGAAAUGGUGGUUUACUUGGUGCUAGUUAUAUUCAGAGUGUUACCCCUCACUUGUCAUUGGGUGGGGAAGUAUUCUGGGCAGGUCAACAUCGUAAGUCUGGUCUUGGUUAUGCUGCUCGUUACAAUACGGAUAAAAUGGUUGCCUCAGGACAGAUUGCUAGCACUGGAAUGGUGGCUCUUAGCUAUGUUCAGAAAGUAUCUGAAAAGGUUUCAUUGGCAUCUGAUUUAAUGUACAAUUACAUGUCAAGAGAUGUCACUGCCAGCUUUGGCUAUGAUUAUAUACUUCGCCAGUGUCGGCUUAGAGGCAAGAUUGACUCAAAUGGCUGCACAUCUGCUUUUCUUGAAGAAAGGUUGAACAUGGGUCUUAAUUUUAUCAUCUCUGCUGAGAUCGACCACAUGAAGAAAGACUACAAGUUUGGGUUCGGAUUGACAGUUGGAGAAUAGAUACAAAAAAUGCUUCAUUGUUUUGUGAGUCAAAUUGAUUAUUUUUUUUCAAUCUUGAGGACACAAAUAUUCGAGAUUUAUUUUUAUCUUUUUUGAGCAAUAUAGCUUGUGGGUGGCACUUCCAGUUUAGAGUAGCAUUACUAGUUGUAGACAUUUAAUUUUGCAGUUUGGAGAUGUAAUUUAAUGUAGUAUGUUUCCAUUUCCAUUUCCAUUUGUAUGGAUGAUGAAAUCAUAAUAAGGGAUAAACUAUGG